UUAGGUGCAAAAUGGACAAUAUCUCUGGCAUUCGUCGCCUACAUGCCCUUUAUCAUGGCCCAGUUCUAUCCGAAAUUCCACACCAUGAUACCAGCAGGGCUAGCUGUAGGAUUUGGAGGAGGCCCACUAUGGUGCGCAAAGUGUACUUUCUUAACAAUCGUGUCAGAAGCUUAUUCUAAAGUCACUGGAAUAUCUUCGGACAUCGUAGUGACCAGAUUUUUCGGAGUGUUUUUUAUGUUCUACCAGUUUUCACAAGUGUGGGGCAAUUUAAUCAGUUCAGCAGUUUUGUCAUCAGGAGAAAGCCCUCUUGCCGAAAUCCAAUCAAACGUUAGUUUCAGCAAUAUUACCGAGGUAUUUAAAGAAAUUGUUAACAUUUCCACGCCUCAAAGAGAUAGCGGCGAUAUAUGUGGAGCAAACUUCUGCCCUGGAACGUCCCUGGAAGCCGUCCCUAAUCUCACACCGCCUUCUCCGUCGAAAAUUCAAACUAUUGCUGGAAUUUAUUUAGCUUGCAUGAUCGUGGCCAGUCUAACAGUUGCUUUCUUUGUGGAUUCAGUGAAACGAUACGAUAAGGGCAGAAAAGGAAGCGGUAGCGGAUUGUCCGGCGUACGCCUGCUGGCCGUCACGCUGAAACAGCUCGCCAACCCUUAUCAAAUAUUAAUUUUGCCCAUCACGAUGUUUAUCGGUGCCGAGCAAGCAUUCAUUGCGGCGGAUUUUAAUUCGGCCUUUGUCUCCUGCGGUUGGGGCAUUAGCAACAUAGGCUUCGUCAUGAUCUGUUUCGGCGUUUGUAACGGCCUGGCCGCCAUAUUUAUCGGAGGAAUUAUCAAGAUUACCGGACGGACACCGGUCAUUUGUUUAGCGCUGUCCCUCCACGUGGCCCUUAUAGUUACCCUGCUCGUUUGGAGGCCGAGCGAACAAGGAAAGCUCACGUUCUUCGUUAUGGCGGGACUGUGGGGAUUCUGCGACGCUAUAUGGCUCGUUCAAAUCAAUUCUUUGUACGGCAUCCUGUUUCCGGGAAAAGAGGAAGCGUCCUACAGUAACUUCCGGCUGUGGGAGUCCACCGGAUCGGUGAUCACCUACGCCUACAGCCCCUACUUGUGCAUAGACGUCAAACUGUACUUGUUACUCGCCUUGUUGAUCAUCGGCGCUGCGGGCUACACCAGCGUCGAAGUCAUCGAGUGGAAGGGAAAGCAGCGACAAAAGAACGGCGGAAAGGGCGGGAAGAGGGAGUUUAAAUUGGUGAAGGACAUGGAGAAGUCCGGUGAGGUCGCUGAAUAAAAGACAAAGGAGAGUGGAUGUAAUUAAAGAUGUUUUGUAUGUAUAAAGCAUUCCAGUCUGUCCUUGAAUGUUCAAAAUGUGUUUUAUGAGUAUGUAUAACGACUUGGCUACUUAAUUAGACAUCCUGGAGCCUUUGGAAUAGAUAUAAAUAUAGCUGACGCUGUUUGGUUCCCUUUUUUUAAAUUAGAUAGUCAAAUAACAACAUUAGGUCUGUAAAAGAAAACCUAAAAUAGAAGGAUUUUUCCUCAUGUCGUUUAGCUUUCCUGAGAUAACUUUAGAGUCGAUCCUACAACAUCUGUGCCAAUUAUUGGUUCCAGUGUUGGAACCAACGUUGGAUGCAUCGUGUAGGACCAGCUUUAGUCAUAUUUUAUUUGGAUCAAUAAAUACAGUGUUAGCAAAUGAAUACAAUAUGGAUGUAAAAAUUUAGUUUAUAUUUGGUUAUGUUUUUUCCGUUCCAAGAACACUCUUUUUGAAACUAUACUUUUCAUGCUGUAUGAGAUUAAUGUGUGCUGAGGAGAUUAAUGUUUUAACAAAGAUUUCAAGUACCUCAGUAAUGAACGUCAAUAAAUCAGCUCUCGUUCAAUAAAGAAAAUUAUUUAAGCCUGAAGAAAAAUUAUAUUUCUACGCCUACUGAAGUGGCGUCUUUAUUCGAUCAUACAGGGUAGCCCAUCGAAAGGGGUCAAGUGGUACCGCAUUGAAAAGGGCUUUCUAUUCUCUACACUUUCCCGCUUCGUUUUUGAAAAUCGGUCGGGCCAUUGAGAAA